AUGACACUCACUCGUCAGGAGGUCAGCCAGCACAACAGCCGGCAAUCUUGCUGGGUCAUAAUCCAUGGAGCUGUCUACGAUGUCACAGACUUCCUUGACUCCCACCCAGGAGGGCCCCAGGUGAUCUUGCGAUGUGCGGGCAAAGACGCAACUGAGGAUUUCGAUUCAGUUCAUGCACCUGAGCUAUUGAGCGAGGUCCUCCUCGAAAGUACAGUUCGAGGUCAUAUUGAUCCAGCUGAACUGCAGGUGCUUGACCCGAAACUGAACGACACAAUGCAAACAAAAUCGGACUCCAAUGCCCCACCAUUCUUGCACAGUCUGAUCAAUCUACAUGAUUUCGAACAUGUAGCGGAAAAGCAUCUGCCCGCUAAUGCCUGGGCCUAUUACUCGUCAGGAGCCGACGACGAGAUCAGCAAGCGCAAUAGUGCCCGCGCGUAUCAAAAGAUCGCACUUCGCCCACGUAUUCUGCGCAACAUCCCCAGCGUAAACACUACGACUUCGAUCUUGGGGCAUUCGGUCUCUCUUCCGGUGUAUAUCUCUCCGGUGGGAAUCGCCAAGCUCGCCCACCCAGAUGGUGAAUGUGCGCUCGCGUCGGCAGCAGGCAAGAGGGGCCUUGUUCAAGUACUUGCAAAUGGCUCAAGCAUGCCGAUCGAGCGGGUGAUGCAGAGCCGUAACUCACCCGAUCAGCCUAUUUUUCAGCAGCUUUAUGUGAAUAAAGACAUUCAAAAGUCUGUGGAUACAGUGCGUCGAGCUGAAAAGGCUGGGGCCAGCGCAAUUUGGAUCACGGUUGACUCGCCAGUGGUGGGAAAGCGAGAGAUGGACGAACGGUUGAAUCUGAAUGUCACAGGCCAGGGAGUAGCCAAGAUAUUGGCUAGUUCGACAUCUCCUUAUAUUGACUGGGAUAUUCUUACAUGGCUCCGUCAACACACAAGUCUCCCCGUGGUAAUCAAGGGGAUACAAUGCGUUGAAGACGCCGUAGAGGCAUAUGAACAUGGUGUUCAAGGCAUUGUUCUCUCCAAUCAUGGAGGACGUUCACAAGACACGGCUCAAUCGCCACUCCUAACCCUUCUGGAAAUCAAGAACUUUGCACCUCAUUUGAUUGGAAGCAAAAUGCAAAUCUACAUUGAUGGUGGCAUUCGGCGAGGGACUGAUGUCCUGAAGGCUAUCGCGCUUGGUGCAACUGCUGUAGGACUGGGGCGACCAUUCCUCUUUAGCAUGUCGGCUGGGUAUGGAGAAAAAGGGGUGCUGAGAAUGCUUGACAUCCUACGACAGGAGAUAGAGACAAAUAUGGUCUUCCUAGGAGCGACUAGUCUCAAAGAGCUGAAGCCUGAGAUGCUGAAUGUCAGUCGACUGGAGAGGGAUCUCAUUGGCAGUGUGAAGCUAUAA